UGAUAGUGGAGGUGGAUAAGAGGGGUUUUGAUUGGGGGGGGAUGGUUGAUGACUGUGUGACGGCGGGGAUUGUCGCCUUGGGCGAGAGAGGAGGUGGAGUGGCCACGGUGGAGGUAGUGGUGGAUGAAGAUGGCGGUGAUGUUGCUGUGGAGGUUGAAGCUGAGGCUUGUCUGGAGGAGGGGGUGGUUUGGGGUGUGGAGGAGGGGGGUGUGGUUGUGGUGACGACCGUGAUGGCGGGGGUGUUUCUCUCUAUCGUGGUGACGCGGUCUCAUAUGGACGACAUGUUGGCCUUUAUGUCGUCGAGAGAGGCGGUGAUGGAAGUUCGGAGGGUGUCGAGUGCGUGGAGGAUGGCGGAGAGGUUGGGGGUGGCGGUGUUUACUGGUGGUUGUUCGCCUGCGAGGUUGCGGGCGAUGCUAUCGACUGAAUCGGUGCGGAUGUCAGACAUGUUGAUGGAUGAUGCGGCCAUGUUGGGGGAAGAGGGGACGGAGGACGUGGCCUAAACGGGUGUGGAGGAUGAAGCAGCAGUGGUGGCGGCGGCAGCAGCGCGAUGUUGGUGGCGGCACGUUGAGAGGUCUUGGUUUGGCGUGAUGGCAUGUGGAGAUGGGGGGAGACAAUCCCUUAUAAAUUCGAAAAUAAAUGAAUAAAUAAAGAUAAUUGCCAAGAUUUUUCAAAAAAAUAAACGUAAAACAGAAAG